AUGUACACGAACGAUCAGCCCAUCAACGAUAUUUGUCACGAAGCAGGCAGUAAUACAGAUCGAAAGAUUCCUCAAAUAAAUCAACUGAAUGCUGGGGUGAAACAGCCACGAAAGCUGCGCAAGCUGUCAUGUACCGGUGGUACUGCUGGCGAGUGCGGACAACGCCGUGACUAG